CAAUUUCUCCUCCAAGAACAAACGAAAAACAAAAUAAAAAACUGCUCCUAAAUCUUUUCAAUCAUUCCUCUCUGUUCUCUCUCUCUCUCUCUUCCUACAGUAGUCCAGUACUCCAGUCCAGUCCUCCUCCUUCGAAUCCCAAGGUGGCGGCCAGAGAGUAGAGAUAGAGAGAGAGUGGGACUAUAGAGACGUUACCGUUGCUGCUUGUUAUUAUUAACGCCGCCGCCGCCUCCUGCAUUCGUAUGGUCCGCGUCGUCACGGGGCUCCUCCGUCCGUAAGGCACCGCCGCAGCGUCUCGGCUGGAUCAACAGGCCGGCCGAUCCGUCUUCUUCCCCUCCUCCUGCGGGUCGGCGUUUGGGGAUCAUGGCGGCGCGGGCGGCUGACGAGAACAGGAGACCGGCGGCAGGGAAGCCCGCGCCAGGCGUCCGAGACAUGGCGAGCCGGCGCGCGCUCACGGACAUCAAGAACCUCGUCGGGGCUGCCCCGUACCCCUACGCCGUCGCCAAGAAGCCCAUGCUGCAGAAGAGCAAAAGGGACGAAAAGCAGCCAGCGUUGGCAAGCAGCCGGCCCAUGACAAGGAAAUUCGCCGCCUCCUUGGCGAGCAAGGGCCAACCUGAAUGUCAGCCGAUCGUAGCUGAUCCAGAACCCGAAGUUUGUCAACAGAAGGAAUCAGUAGGCGAUGGCACCGUUGAUAUUGACGUGGAACUCUACGAGCUGGUCGACGGUAGUGAUAGUGACAUCGACAUGGGUGCGACAGAGAACAAGGACAUUAUGAACGAAGAUGAAUUGCUCAUGGAUAUUGACAGUGCAGACUCGGGGAACCCGCUUGCUGCAACAGAAUAUGUUAAAGAGCUUUACACCUUUUACAGAGAAAAUGAGGCUAAGAGUUGUGUAAGGCCAGAUUACAUGUCCAGCCAACAAGACAUAAACUCAAAGAUGAGAGCAAUUCUGAUUGACUGGCUGAUUGAGGUUCACUACAAGUUUGAACUGAUGGAUGAGACGCUCUUUCUUAUGGUAAACAUAAUAGAUAGAUUCUUGGAAAAGGAAGUGGUUCCAAGGAAGAAGCUACAACUGGUUGGAGUCACAGCUAUGCUGCUCGCUUGUAAAUAUGAGGAGGUAUCUGUUCCAGUUGUUGAGGACCUUGUGCUGAUAUCUGACCGUGCCUACACAAAAGGGCAAAUUUUAGAAAUGGAAAAGUUGAUUCUGAACACGCUGCAGUUCAACAUGUCUGUUCCAACACCUUAUGUCUUCAUGAAGAGGUUUCUGAAAGCUGCAGAUGCAGAUAAACAGCUUGAGCUAGCGUCAUUUUUCAUGCUGGAGCUCUGCUUGGUAGAAUACCAAAUGCUGAAUUAUCGGCCUUCGCAUCUGGCUGCUGCUGCGGUUUAUACUGCACAGUGUGCUAUCAAUCGUUGCCAGCACUGGACAAAGGUCUGCGAGUCUCAUAGCAGAUACACUAGCGACCAACUCCUGGAGUGCUCGAGGAUGAUGGUAGAUUUUCACCAGAAGGCUGGAACCAGUAAGCUCACUGGCGUGCACAGGAAGUACAGUACCUACAAGUUCGGUUGCGUGGCCAAGAUUUUGCCUGCGCAGUUCCUGCUGGAGUCGGGAGGGACACCGCCUCCUUCAGGUGCAAACUAGUUGAAUCGACCUAUUCAACUGGGUGGAUUUUUUAAAGUUUUUAGAAUACUCCAUGAACAAGAUGCAGAAAACAUCGUGUUGAUGUUGCCCAAAAGUGCAUCGAAUUUCUUUGGAGAGUUAUGAUUAACAACUUUUUUUUUAUCUAUGUUGAAUGACGAGUGACGGUCGGUCACGUUGUGCUUGUGCAGUUAUACUGCGGCUAAUAACAAACUGUCCAGUUAUUCUAAAAAA